CACACGGUGUGUGUGUUUUAUUUUUAAAACUCUACACUCAUAUCAUCUUUUUUCAUUUUAAUCCAUUUACGAAUUUCUUGUGAGGAAACCUGAGUGACUGCAGAUGUGAGUUAGCUCUUCAUGUCUGACUUUUCCUACUUCAAUACGUUUACAAGUCGAGCUGGACGUCUCGUAUAAAAAGAGGAAACGUGAUUUAUUCUUGAAUUAGUGUGUGGUGUGACAAACCCAGUGCCAAGCAGCCUGAAGUGAAGGGUGUUUUCUCACUUGGGCUGUUUCAGUGCUCAUCCGGAACGUUAUGUAGCGCUCUUGCUUCUUAAUUUAAUAAUAAGAACAAUAUGAACAACCACAUCAGCUAGGUUCGAAGAGCUGGUAAUGAGUUAUUAUAAAUCAUACAAAUGAAUUGGAGAGUUUGGUACAAUUGAACAGGUGACAAUUUUAUUGUCCUCAAAACAGAGCACUAUAAAGUGCAAGCAGUAAUAUAAAAUUAAACCACCCAAAGAGCUCUUCCCCAAAUUGAAAUAAAUUAAAUGUGUGUAUGUAGAAAAGUUCUUGAGUGUGUGAAUGUCUUUUCCAAUGUUCACAAUAUUACUACGUUGCUACCCGGGUAGGCUUUAAAGAUCUUAUCUGGAAUCUGGUUGAGAUUUGAUUGGUCAGUCGGUCAGUCAGUCAACUCAAUCUGUAGGCAAAUCCUUGCUCGCCGGCUGGCCACACCGGUGGGUAGGAGUCUGUCCACAGUCCUCAGAUCUCAGAUGGCUCGCCACUGAACCGCACUCACGGUUCAGAAUCAGUUCUGUCUGGAAUCAUAAAAACCAAUCGGAGUUUCGUGGUGAAAAAUACAACAGACUGGAACGCUGUUCACGUUGGCUUUCACUUCUUGGAUAGAUCUUUUCCUUUCGGACGUUAGGCUCGGUGUACUCUUAGUGUCAAGGUGGAACGACGAACUAAUGUGGUUGGCAUAACAACCGCUGAAUAUGGUGCCCGUGUGCCACCCUGAGGUCAAACUGUGCUAUAACAUUUUACUGUUAAUAAUAGCUAAAUGGUAACCAUUUCCUAUGGGUUACACCCUCCCGCCUUGAAUCAGCCUGAGUCUCUUCAGGAGCUAGUCUGAAGCUCAAAUAGGAUAACUAUCAUAGUUAUAGAUCUGCUAUUUUUUCAAUUGCCUGGUCAAAGCUUUCCAAGAAACUCUGGGCAAACGAGAUAAAGGGCUUUCCCCACUGGGAGUAUCGGAAGCGUUCAGGAGGUUGUCGAGCUCUUUCAGAUCUGCAAGUGGAAUUGUUACUUUCCUUUUCCUCGUCGGGAGUGCAAGAGAUGGGUACCUCAAUGGACUCCGCAUCCUGGCGAACUGUCACAGGUCCUCCAUCUCCAGAGUCCAUUUCUCCAUUUGCAGUCUCCUCCAAUCCUUCAUCUGUAGUGUUUCCAGUAAAGGGCUGCUCAGCCACAAUCUCAGUCUGAGGUUCAGGACAUGCAGAGCUGACAUCAUGCUCAAACUGGGGCUGAGAAGUUGAGGGGUUCACAGACGAGGAUGGUAAGCAGUCGCCUUGAGCUGGAGGUGCACUCUGUUGUUUUCUCACUGGGGUGUCACACACUUUCCUGCUUCUCUCCUCAGGUAAGACAGAUGACGGGGUUGUACAGGUAGGUAGGUCAUCGCCAUCCUGGGGCUGAGAAGUUAAGGGAUUCACCAAUGAGGAUGGUAAGACAGAUGACAGGAUCGGACAGGUAAGUAGGUCAUCAUCAGACUCUGUAAGUAUGUCAUUCUCAGACUCUGAGGGGUCAUGUGAGAGUUGGGGGUGACUUUCCCGGGUUCUUGGGCGAUGAACUUUGGGUUUGGUGGGUCUUUCUUCCCCUUCUUCAGUUAGGUCACCGCAGGGAAGUAAGAGAUCUCUAUGCAGGGUUCGGACAGGACCAUCUCCACUGACAGGCUGGACUUUGUAGACAGGAAGGUCUCCCAUCCUUUCUAGAACUUUGUACAUGGUGGACUCCCACUUGUCAGCGAGUUUAUGCUUAUUCCGCAGUCGCAUGUUCCUCACCAACACUUGAUCCCCUUCCUCCAGUGUUGAUUCUCUAACAGCUUUAUCGAAAUGACGCUUGUUCCGAGCAGCAACCUUUUGUGAGUUUUCCUUGGCGAUCUGAUAACUCUCUUGAAGCCUCGCUUUCAGUUUCUUGACAUAUUUGGAAUAGGACUUUGGAGAACCAUGCUUUGCAGGUAGACGGAAGGCAAUAUCUACUGGUAGACGGGGUUGCCACCCGAACAAUAGCUCAUAUGGGCUGAAACCAGUGACAUCAUUCUUUGUACAGUAAUAGGCAUGGGUAAGUGGUUUGACAUAGUCACGCCAGUGACUUCUCUGUUUAUCUUUCAAGGUUCCCAACAUGCCUAAAAGAGUUCUAUUGAACCUUUCCACUGGGUUUCCUCUUGGGUGAUAUGGGCUUGUGCGCACUUUAGUGAUGCCUGUGAGAGCACACAGUUCUUUUAUGAGCUGGUACUCAAAAUCCCGGCCCUGAUCACUCAGCAGUCGCUCUGGAAACCCGUAAUAGACCAAGAACUGUUCCCGCAGAGCCUUUGCAACAGUAAUGGCCUUUUGAUCCUUUGUGGGUAUGGCCACGGCAUACUUGGGAAAAUGGUCUGUUAUGACCAAGAUGUCUUUGGUAUUGUGAUUGUCAGGCUCCAAGGACAGGUAAUCCAUGCAUACCAGCUCCAUAGGACGCGUUGUUUGGAUGCUUACAAGAGGUGCUGACUUUUCAGGUGGCGUCUUCCUUCUGACACAACAUCCACAUGAUUUGAUUUUCAGCUCCACGUCUGCAGCCAAUCUAGGCCAAUAGAAUCUUGACCUGACCAAGUCGAGAGUCUGUUCCAAACCCAUAUGCCCCAUAUCGUCGUGCAGGCAUGUGAGAAUGGUGGGUCUCAAAGACUUGGGAGCCACAAACUGGUAAGUUGUGUCGCUUUCUAAUUGACGAGUUCGGUAGAGAAGACCAUCUCUCAACUCCAACUUCUUCCAUUCCUUUAGCAGUAGCUUGAAUUCCGGAGAGUCAGGAACAAGAUCGAGGUUGGCCUCACCUCCAGCCUCCAGGGCCGUGAUGACCUGCCCAAUCACAGGGUCGGACCUCUGAUACUGUUGGAGUUCCACCUGGCUAUACGAAGGUAUGCUGUAAUAGCCCAGGGAUUCUUCUUCUCCAAAGACAUCUGGCACUGCAUCAGGGUAAAGAGCCAGGGAUUCUACUAGGGUGAUGGAAGGUAAGUUGUCGUCGCUUUCAGAUAGGAGAUGGCGUUGACAUAAGACAGCAACUGUGUUAGCUGGAAGGCUUUGUUGGUUGGGAGAUGAAGAAAGAUGGUGUGAAGUGAACUGUUUGAUCCGUUCUCUGUCCUCCAGAGAUGCGUCGUCAUCAGCCAGAGGAUCAUGAGGCUGCCUGGAAAGACCAUCCGCAUCCUGGUUGCUCCUUCCAGCCCGGUACUUUAUGUUGAAGUCAAAAGUGGAAAGCCAACGGUAGCUGGCAGCAUCCAGUUUAGCAGACUUCAGGACGUACAUCAGCGGGUUGUUAUCAGUUACAACCGUGAAUGGAUUCCCAUAGAGGGCAGCCCCCAGGCCUGAAGUGCUUGCGUCUGUGUGGAGCACAUAUGGGCAUUUUGGAUCAGCGAAACCGAGGACAGGCGCAGAGGCUGAGAAGCACUGGCUUAGAGGACAGUGAAGAGAAACCGAGGAGAGGAGUGACUAAUCUGAAGGUUGUGAUGCUGCGUUUCCGUAUUCCCACCCCAGCUGUGUUGCUGCUGCUGCUCUUUCAGGUUGUUGUCGUGGUGCUGUUUGUUGGCUGGCAGGGCCAUGUAACCCCACCCCCUUCUGACCUCAGCACUGCAUCUGGGGGCAAAGUGCAUGUGCUGCUGCUGUCGUCAUGGCGAUCAGGUUCAUCGUUCAUGGGCCAGGUGUUCAACAAUCAUCCGUCUGUGUUUUACCUGAUGGAGCCGGCGUGGCAUGUGUGGGUGCGGCUUCAGCGCCCGGGCGCGAGCAGCCUGCGCAUGGCCGUGAGGGACCUGCUGCACCGCGUCUUCCUGUGUGACCUCAGCGUACUGGAUGCCUACAUGCCUGUCCACUACAACAUCUCACAAGUGUUCAUGUGGAGCCAGAGCCGGGCACUGUGUUCCCCGCCAGCGUGCCCCUCCCUGUCCCACCAGAACACCACGACACAGAUCCCCAAUUGUAAGAAGCACUGCGACGUGGUGGGGUUGGAGCGGGCGGAGAAGGCGUGUCACACCUACAGCCACGUGGUGCUGAAGGAAGUGCGUGUCUUUGAGCUGGAGUCUCUGUACUCGCUGCUGCGUGACCCGUCGCUCGAUCUCCGCAUCCUGCACCUGGUGCGUGACCCCCGCGCUGUGUUCCAGUCCCGCCAGCUGGCGGCCGCGGCGCUACAGAAGGACAGCAGCAUCGUCCUGGACUGGAAAGCAGCGACACCUGACUCCAUGCUAAACGUCAUGAAGGAGAUCUGCAGGAGCCACGUUCGGAUCUACGAUACUGCCGUCCGUAAAGCACCCGACUUCCUGCAAGGACGCUACAAACUCCUGCGCUAUGAGGAUGUGGUGCGUAACCCACUGGCAGAGGUCCAGCGUGUGUACGACUUUGUGGGGCUCAAGAUGACCGAGCCGCUGCGGGAAUGGAUCCACCACAUCACGCAUGGCAAGGGCAAGGGGGCACGCAGCGAGGCGUUCGCCAUCACCAAGCGCAACGCUACUGAAGUCUCGCAGGCCUGGAGGACGGGUUUAACGCACAUAAAGGUCCAGCAGGUCCAGGAGGUGUGCAGGAGCGCCAUGUCUCUGCUUGGCUACCGUCUGGUCAACAGCGAGGAAGAACAGAAGCAGCUGGACCUCGACCUCACGCGCCUGGAGGAGUAUGGUUUCACGUGGCUUUCGUCAAAAUCCCACCAAUAACAAACACCUGAGGGAUGGUUUGGACGAUCUGCGAGAAACUGGGGCUCGUACUGCAUCUGAGCUUUUCAUUAUUACUUAUUUAUUACAGUUAAAGGGGAAAACGGGCAAAAUCACACUUUUUUUUUUUUUUCUCCUUCUUCCCCAUUUAUACUCUACAUGAUGACAAAACCCCAAGGUUGCAUUGAAGGACGUUUUUCUUCGAGGUGUAAAGACAAACGGCGGAGUGGGUCAGCGUGAUGGACGUCUCAGGUGUGGGAGUGUGUUCAGAAUCCGUUCCACAGCUGUCCUGAAGUGUGGCAUGAAAUUCAAAUCCUGUAGCUUCUGAACACAUCUGUGUUUAAUUCAGGAUCUGUUGAUUAAAGGUGUGAGUGUGUGAGAGAGAAUAUUUCAGUGCUGCUGUGGUUCUAUUAUGUUCUAUUAGACCCUUAAUGCGUGCUUGGUGCACCAUGCUAAACUGGGAGGCGACACACUUCCAUUAAUUGUGAGCUCCAUGAGUCUUGAAGCUGUGGUACAGAACUAGAGGAGGAAACAUCUUUUGGGGUGAAGUGACGAAGGGCCUGGUGUAUCAGGCUAUCGACAUAUUUACAUGUAACUCAUUUCUACAAGUAUAUUCACAAUUUUUUUUUUUUUUUGUAUUUAUGAAAAUCCUUAAAAUUCUGAAAAUUGUGGGGUCCCCCCCCCCCCCCCCCCCCGUGUGUGUGUUUACAUGGAAAAAGAUUCACUAAUAUAAUCCUCCACUGAGCAGAUUCACUUUAUAAUAUGCAAGGAGUUACUGUAUUUUUAUUUAUGGAUUAGUCAGGUUCAAAUCUCUGCUUAUAUAUUACAGUUUUGUGAAGAUUAUUGUGUAGUAGUGAAUGUAUAAAUAAAUGAGUGAAGCAAAUGAGAUUUUUCAACACAAGAAGAUAUAAAGUUUAUAUCAUCAAGCCAGCAUGUGAUUUUUCUUAUUAUAUCGACACAUUCACGAACAAAAAGUCCCCAAAUUUAUCAAAACCAUUCUUCGAUUUCCUCAUGAUGAGUAGCGUAUUUCACAGUAAACGCUUGCCAUAUAUAAUUUAUUCUCUCCACAUUCACAGGAUAUGAGCAGUUGUGUGCUCUGAUUGGCUACUCUACUACUAGGAUAUCAGCUCAUUAUACCUUGAGUAGAGAAAAACAAAAUGGUGGAGCGCAUCAAGUCAGAAAUAUCACUUUAUCAAGCAAUUAGAAGGAACAGAAAUGGCGAAAAGAAUAUAGUCGUGGUGUGGAUCCGCCCCUCCAGCCUGUUCCACACUCCAGUCCAGUUGGUGGCGGUAAUGCACCUUUUAAGUUGGUUUAGCCAGCCACCAAAAAACCCUAAAGAAGAAAAACAAAAGGGCAGAGUGUGUUGCUGAACCAACCAAUGACGAAAUAAAAACUCUACUUGAAAACAGAACCCCAAAAAAUACAAAAAAAAGCGCAACGAAAUAUGGAACAAAAGUAUUUGAGCUUUAUUUUUCAAGAAUUCUCACAUUUUUCACAAAUUGCUCCUGUCAUUUCACCAGUUUGUUUACAUUCUAAGCGGAAAUGAUUCAGACAUUUUGUAUAAAGUUUUUAUUUAUCAAAUUUGCAAAAAAUAAAUGCUCUUUCUCAAAAUCCAGUGAAUGUGGAUAGAAUAAGUUAUUCCACUCAAUCUCGUCGUACAGGGACUAUAGACAACUUGAUGCUACACGACUCGUUGGCGUUCAGCUCAUGUACGAUUUGAUUUCAUGGAAUUCAUUAUAACCGCACACAGCAGGGUCCAAAAGCCUGAGGGCACGAGUGAAAAUGUUUGGGAUCUUUUUCAGUAUAGGUGAUUUAUGAUCAGAAGCAGCUCGAGUGAAAUAUAAUGAAAGAGUUUAUGAUGUGGUUCGUCUCCUCCUCCUCGCACCCCUUUUUGAUGCCUUUGCCACUGAGUGAUGGAGGCGUGUUUCCAAGAUGUUGAUCUAAACAGCGGUCUGAGAUUCUCCUUCGUGUUCUGUCUCAUGAGUAAGUGCCUGAGUGUUUUAGAGGGACUUGUCCUUAUGACCAGCAGGUGACCUGAGGACAUUUUGGAGUUGGUCCAAACACCCUCAGUCACAGCAAGGUCACAUGUCUGAAAUAGUGUUUCUUCAGUAUGUUCCUUCCUGUCUGAAGUUUAUUUUAAAAUUAUUUCAGCUGAAUAUGUUCGUAAGAAGAACUUGACUGUGGCAGUGGUGGAGAGGUUAGCGUCCGCUACCUUCUAAACCCACAAUCAAAAAUGGAAUUAAAGUAGAAAAUCAGAUUCUUUUUUUUAUCCAAAAUUUAUAGGCUUUAUUUUGUGUGUGUGUGUGUGGGGUAAUGAUGUUAAAUCAGCUGUGAUGGCUCACUGAUUGAAUGAAGGAUGCUGUAAAUGUGAUAAUUUAUGACUGAGUGAUUUGUGUUUGAUUUAUUGGGGAGUGUGUGGUUAAGGGUACACAGAGGACUGAAGGAAAUAAAUAAAAUGAAUCUCUUUCCGGAUUCUAAGGCUCUCACCUGUCUCACCUCCUCCAUAAACUUUUUCUGGAGCUUUUAUUCUUCUGUAAAACUGGGCCAGGUUUGUUGUUUUUAUUGAAAUCAUGUUUCUGUAAUCAGGAUUAGGUGAUGAAAGGAAUUGCUUUGAAUAUUGAUUGAUUUUGAUUGAUUUUGAUUGAUAAUAAAAACAGUGAGGGAGGGAUUGGGCUUUGUGUUUAACCUAAAAUGUGAAAUAAAUAUUGCAGCCCAGACUUGAUCAA